AUGGAGGCAUCUCUGCUCGCGACUGGGACCCGUUCGCCGCGUCUCGCGUCGCACGCUCCCUCCGGAACUUCUGGUGCAACCACUGCUGCUGCUGUUGCCAGCUGGCAUCGCGCUGCGGCGCGGUACGGGGUCGCGGAGCGCGUUGGCGUAAGAAGGCAUCACAGUAACGGUCAUGAUGGUAGCGGGGAUAAUGGUUACUACUGCCACGGUGGCGACAAUAACAAUCGGUAUUCGCAAUUCCGCAUCACAAGCGCGGGAGCGCAUGUCGGUUGCGCGCGGAGGAGAGCGUGCACGACCACGACCGCUUCGCCACUUGCGCACCCGCGGCCACGAGACUAUUCCCGUCUGCUUCCUCCCUCCCGCGCCCACGGCGGCUCUCCCGCUUCGUCCUCUUCAUCCGAUCCCGCGCCGUCUGCCCCUCCUCUUCCUCCUCUUCCUCCUCCUCUCGCCGUAUCCCGCUCCCCGCGCGCGUUCCUCCUCCCCCUCGCUCUCUCCGCAUGGCUGUUCCUCCUUGCCAUCUCCGCCUGGCUUCUCCCCCUACUCCCCCUCUUCUCCCCCUUCGCCCACCCCGCGCCUCCGCCACUCCUCCCCCCUGCGCCCUCCCACCACUCGCUCUCCUCUCUCCCCUCCCGCGCCUCCCUUCCCUCGCUCCCCUCCUACCCCCUUGCGCCCGUUCCCCCUUCCGCGUCCCCCGCCCCUAGCGCCCCCCUCCGCUCGCCGUUCCCGCGCUUCCCGCAUCUCGUGGGCCUAGUAGACGACACGGAGCCGCUCUUCGCGGAGGCGGCGCGGCAGAUGGCGGUCACGGGGGACUGGGUGACGCCGCAGUUCAACGCGCACCCGCGCUUCGACAAGCCGCCCCUCUCCUACUGGCUCAUGGCCGCCGCGCUGAGGAGUUUUGGCGGCGGCGCGUUGCUGGACGGAACAGCUUUUGAGGCGCCUCACAAGCCGCCCCUCUCCUAUUGGCUCAUGGCCGCCGCGCUGCGGAGCCUGGGCGGCGGCGCGUUGCUGGGCGGAGCAGGGGGAGCAGCAGGCGGAGCAGCAGGAGGAGCGCAGCGGUAA